UGCCUAGGGAAGUGCUCUUCCAGCAGCAGCAUCAGCAACACACCGCUCCUGGAUGCUGCGCUGGAGCAUGUGCGCACGCGCGCCACACUGGAAUUACUGCACAGCGCACACUUAAGUUGGAUCUUCGCUGUCUUGGCGCAAACCAUGGACACAUAUAAAAGUAUGACGAUCUUCAGAAUAAGAAAAAUGAGCUUUAUGCGCGUCUGGACGUUUCCCGUGUUCGUAGCCGUGGUGUGCGCGCAGAGCGUUAAUGAUCCAAGCAAUAUGUCACUCGUAAAAGAAACUGUUGAUAGACUAUUGAAAGGAUAUGACAUUCGCUUGAGGCCAGAUUUUGGAGGUCCUCCAGUGGGAGUGGGGAUGAACAUAGACAUAUCCAGCAUAGACAUGGUUUCAGAAGUUAAUAUGGAUUAUACAUUGACCAUGUAUUUUCAGCAAGCUUGGAGAGACAAGCGCCUGUCCUAUUCUGAGAUUCCCCUCAAUCUGACACUGGAUAACAGAGUAGCUGAUCAGCUGUGGGUGCCAGACACAUACUUCCUGAAUGACAAGAAAUCUUUUGUUCAUGGUGUAACUGUGAAGAACAGAAUGAUACGUCUCCAUCCCGAUGGUACCGUGCUUUAUGGGCUCAGGAUCACGACCACAGCAGCCUGCAUGAUGGACCUGCGCAGAUACCCACUAGAUGAACAGAACUGCACACUGGAAAUCGAAAGCUAUGGCUACACUACAGAUGAUAUUGAGUUUUACUGGCGAGGUGGAAAUCAUGCAGUAACAGGAGUUGAAAGGAUAGAGCUUCCUCAGUUCUCCAUCGUAGACUACAAGCUAAUCUCUAAGAAUGUGGUUUUCUCUACAGGUUCCUAUCCUCGCCUUUCCCUGAGCUUCAAGCUUAAGAGAAACAUCGGGUACUUCAUUCUCCAGACCUAUAUGCCUUCCAUCCUUAUCACCAUCCUGUCCUGGGUUUCCUUCUGGAUCAAUUACGAUGCCUCAGCUGCCAGGGUUGCUUUAGGAAUCACCACUGUGCUCACCAUGACCACCAUCAACACGCAUUUGCGUGAGACUCUUCCAAAGAUUCCAUACGUCAAAGCCAUUGACAUGUACCUUAUGGGCUGUUUCGUCUUUGUCUUUCUGGCUCUGCUGGAGUAUGCACUGGUCAACUACAUCUUCUUUGGCAGAGGACCCCAGCGGCAGAAGAAAGCAGCCGAGAAAGCCACUACAGCCAACAAUGAGAAAAUGAGAAUGGAUCCAAACAAAUGGAUGGUGGGAAAUGUAGUUCAGAGAGAGGAUGCUCUGUACGCCCGAAUGAAACAGAGGGAUAUUGACGCUCAUGACUCUAUGUGGGAACCAAUCUUUGUGGACGAUGCAGCAUUAGGACUAGGCGAUUCAAAAAAUAAGAUGGACCCUCAUGAAAACAUUCUUCUUAGUCCCAUGGAAAUCAAGAAUGAAAUGGGUGCAUCAGAGUUGACCCUGGGUUUGGGUGACCCACGUGUAACCAUGCUAGGCUAUGACAGCACCACGUUGCAGUAUCGGAAAGCCGGCCUUGCCAGGCACAACUUUGGACGCAAUGCGUUGGAAUGCCAUGUGGCACAGAAGAAGAGCCGACUACGACGGCGUACUUCACAGCUUAAAAUCACCAUUCCUGACUUAACUGAUGUCAAUUCAAUUGACAAAUGGUCAAGAAUGAUCUUUCCUACCGUAUUUUCUUUUUUCAAUGUCAUCUACUGGCUCUACUACGUCAACUAAAUCCAUGCCACAUUUUUAAGUCAGCACAUUCUUCCAUUUUCCUGCCGGUUGGUUUUGCAAUACAAGCAGGACAGAUUUAAAUCAGGACUAUUUUGUUUAAUCCUUGGAUUCACCUUAAUUUGCUGGCUGAUACACACGUUCUUCUGGGGUUUAAAACAAAUGGUGCCUGCUCCAAAAAUCACAUUUUUACGUUGUGAUAGAUUUUAGUGUGUGCGUGAGUUUGUGUGUUUUUAAAUGUUUGGUUUAUUUUUAACAAUUAUUUCUAUUAGGACAAAGCUGUAUUUACUUUGCUGCCAAAUGAUCAUAACUAUUAUAAAACAACAUCUUUUUACCAAUAGAAAUGCCAGUGUCUUUAGUAAGAUAGAGGAAAAAAGAUCCACUGCAUUUCACUGUCAACCCUUUUGGUCAUUUACAAAGAAGCCGAAUUAAAGAAUUUAAAGGAACGUUCUGGGUUCAAUGCACUACACAUACAGUACUACACAAAAGUCUUAGGCCACCAUGCCACUAUUAGAUUUGUUGUUUUUGCAAUGAUAAAAUGACAAUAUAUUAUUAUUUCGAAGUCUCUAUUAGAAUACCAAUAGAGGAAAUCUGUACACUAGAGUGCAUAUAAUGUCUGUUUACACUUGCAAAUAGUGACCCUUGUUAGCAAAUGCUUUUCCACUAGCUCCGCCCACUACUGUCUAGUUGGACCACUAAUGAAAGAAAUCAACAGCUUCUGUGAUGUAGGGAGUAGAGUAUAUUGCUUGUGAAACUGGCUUUUGAUGCAAUGUCGCUGGUUUAAACCCGCUCAUUCAUCUCCCUUUUCCUAACACAUAUCAAUUGAAAAAGUAUUUAUUGUCCAUAAAAAUGAAAAAAAAAAAGUUUGAAAAGUGGAUAUAAAGUGCCUAAUCAGUGUACACUCACCUAAAUGAUUAUUAGGAACAUCAUGUUUGACCCCCUUUCACCUUCAGAACUGCCUUAAUUCUACGUGGGAUUGGUGCUGAAAGCAUUCUUUAGAAAUGUUGGCCCAUAUUAUUGAUAGGACAGCAUCUUGAAGUUGAUGGAGAUUUGUGGGAUGCACAUCCAGGGCACGAAGCUCCCGUUCCACCACAUCGCAAAGAUGCUCUAUUGGGUUGAGAUCUGGUGACUGUGGGGGCCACUUUAGUACAGUGAACUCAUUGUCAUGUUCAGGAAACCAAUUUGAAAUGAUUCGAGCUUUGUGACAUGGUGCAUUAUCCUGCUGGAAGUAGCCAUCAGAGGAUGGAAAACUUGGUGGUCAUAAAGGGAUGGACAUGGUCAGAAACGAUGCUCAGGUAGGCCGUGGCAUUUAAACGAUGCCUAAUUGGCACUAAGGGGCCUAAAGUGUGCCUAGAAACAUCCCCACACCAUUAUACCACCACCACCAGCCUGCACAGUGGUAACAAAGCAUGAUGAAUCCAUGUUCUCAUUCUGUUUAUGCCAAAUUUAGACCACCAUCUGAAUGUCUCAACAGAAAUGGAGAUUCAUCAGACCAGGCAACAUUUUUCCAGUCUUCAACUGUCCAAUUUUGGUGAGCUUGUGCAAAUUGUAGCCUCUUUUUCCUAUUUGUAGUGGAGAUGAGUGGUACCGGUGGGGUCUUCUGCUGUUGUAGCCCAUCUGCCUCAAGGGUGUGUGUGUUGUGGCUUCACAAAUGCUUUGCUGCAUACCUCGGUUGUAACGAGUGGUUAUUUCAGUCAGAGUUGCUCUUCUAUCAGCUUGAAUCAGUCGGCUCAUUCUCCUCUGACCUCUAGCAUCAACAAGGCAUUUUCGCCCACAGGACUGCCGCAUACUGGAUGUUUUUCCCUUUUCACAACAUUCUUUGUAAACCCUACAAAUGGUUGUGCGUGAAAAUCCCAGUAACUGAGCAGAUUGUGAAAUACUCAGACCGGCCCGUCUGGCAACAACAACCAUGCCACACUCAAAAUUGCUUAAAUCACCUUUCUUUCCCAUUCUGACAUUCAGUUUGGAGUUCAGGAGAUUGUCCUGACCAGGACCACACCCCUAAAUGCAUUGAAGUAACUGCCAUGUGAUUGGUUGAUUAGAUAAUUGCAUUAAUGAGAAAUUGAACAGGUGUUCCUAAUAAUCCUUAAGGUGAGUGUAUAUUAAAAAUUAUAGUAUUUAUUAGGCAGGGUUAGAGAGUUGGUGUAGUGAGGGCUGUUUUAAUCUUGAUAAAUAGACCAAAAUAAGUAUGGAUGGUCUU